UCCUUAUUUACACCUCCACAGACGAACCUACUGGCCUUAGAACAAAACAUCAUACCACGUGUUACAUGUGUGUUACACAGACCGAUCCCAACUGGUCCAAUUUCUUCUACGACCCGCAGACGCACAAGGUUGCCUUGCUGGACUUUGGAGCUACAAGAGGCUUUGACUGGAGCUUCACAGACUUGUACAUCGAGAUCAUCAAGGCCGCCGCAGAUGGGGACAGAGACUGCGUACUGAAGCGAUCGAUAGAAAUGAAGUUUCUAACGGGAUAUGAAUCGAAGGCCAUGGAGAAGGCCCACGUGGAUGCGGUGAUGAUCCUGGGCGAGGCCUUCGCAUCCCACGAGCCCUUCGACUUUGGCUUGCAGAGCACGACGGAGCGCAUCCACAGCCUGAUCCCCGUGAUGUUGAAGCAGCGCCUCACGCCUCCGCCCGAAGAGACCUACUCCCUGCACCGCAAGAUGGGCGGCUCCUUCCUCAUCUGCUCCCGCCUCAACGCCAAGCUGCGCUGCAAGGGCAUGUUCCAGGAGGCCUACGCCAAGUACUGGAGAGAGCGGCAGGAGGGGACAAAUCAGUGACUGUGGACAUUGGGGAAUAGCCAAGGAAACUUUUCCUCUCCCAUGAGUUGAAUGUAAACUAAACUUCGGCCCCAACCCUAUCCUUUCAUAAAACCCUUUAAUUCCGUUCCGUUUCUCUUUUGUACCGAAAUGCGCACAGGGGCCUCUCGCUACCUUCCACUUAACCAUCUAGACAACACAGUUCAUUAGUGUGACGACAGAUGUCAUCUCCAGGAUUGGUCAGAGAGGAGAUCGGUGUUGUUGGGCCACGUGCCUCUCUGGUCAGCUGAGAUGGAGGUGGUUGUGUACGCACUUUGAUUGUACAGAAAAGGUGUGAUUUUUCUACAUCUGCUGAGACAUGGUGUAACUGAUCUGUCCAUCUUUGGGAUGGAAUGAUGAUGAUGAUUCCAUGUGGUUCUAAAGCUUGCUCCUCAGCUUUCUUGUUUUAUCUGUUGACAAGCAGGGAGAAGGUGGUAUAUCCAUUAAGCAAGUUACCUUUCCGUUGUCUGCCUUUUUCUGAGACGUAACGUACCCUCACUUCACGGUCUGUUUUUGACAGACCCUUAGCAGACAGCCGAAAUUCAGGUGUUUUUGACUGGUGUUUUUGCGUACCCGAGGUGUGGAAGUCUGACGUUGUGUCAUAUGAUCAGGAAAACACUAUUGACACAUUCAUGAAAAAAUGUCAAAUGUUAUUUUUUCCUUUCGUUUAUCUUGUUACCGAUUUAGCUUCAAAUCUGAAAGCCUCACUUCUUAAUCUGAGGAAAGAUAUCAUGUUGAGCUUUGUUGACUGAUGAUGAUGAGGAAGAUGUAGCCUUCAUGAUUCUCUCUGCGAGGGCUAUCAGUAUAAACCAGACUUGUGUAACAAGGAUGAUAUUCAGGAGUCCAGAAAAACGGUAUCUUGUGUGAAUGUUGGGAAAAGGAAGGCUUUUAAAUUUCUUAUCUAUGGUG